UGCUGUUCAAAAAUCAAGUAUUAUCGUGUCAUCCUAACCAGUAAAUCGCCGUGGGGUUGCUUACGAACCUUGGCGGUACUGAGUUGAUACCAUAGGUUGAUUCUGCUGGAGCCCCGUGAUGUGGUUUGGUGUGGGGGAGGAUAGCAGCUACCAGCCAGAUAAACACUCAAGCAUUGGUUUGCACAGCAGGAGUAACAUGGCGGCACAGUUAGCCAGCAGAAAUGUUGUUUCACUACCGCGAAGGUCAGAGUGGCGCCUGAAAAACGGAAUUUAACAACGAGGACACUGCCGAAAGUAUUACAUCCAGGGAGACGUGGAUGAUGCUUAAAGGUUUCCUAGCAUUACCGUCUUGCAGCAAUGGCCUGGGACUCUCUGGACUGAAUCCAAGUCCAUCACAUUCCUACCUCCAUCUCCCUAUGCUUCCCCCUUGACCCACACCUAAUAUCAGAACAUCUGGUUUAAGACGCUGAUAUGCAUUGAGGAUGAGUGGAGUCGGUGAAAACCCAUCUGACCCUGCCAGGGCAGAGUCACGAAAGCGCAAAGAAUGUUCUGCUGAACUUCUUGGACCCAGUCCAAAGCGGAAUGAGAAGCGCAACCGUGAGCACGAGAACAAAUACAUCGAAGAGCUUGCCGAGCUGAUCUUCGCCAACUUUAAUGACAUCGACAACUUCAAUGUCAAGCCUGACAAAUGUGCAAUCCUGAAGGAAACUGUGAAACAGAUCAGACAAAUAAAGGAGCAAGAAAAGGCUGCAGCCGCAAAUGAGGAGGAGGUACAGAAGGCUGAUGUCUCAUCAACAGGCCAAAGUGUGAUUGACAAAGAUGCCUUGGGACCAAUGAUGUUGGAGGCACUGGACGGCUUCUUCUUUGUGGUGAACAUGGAGGGUAACAUUGUGUUUGUGUCUGAAAAUGUGACCCAGUACCUGCGCUACAACCAAGAGGAGCUGAUGAACACUAGUGUCUACAGCGUGCUGCACGUCGGCGAUCAUGCUGAAUUCAUCAAGAACCUGCUGCCCAAAUCCCUCGUCAAUGGCGUCCCAUGGUCCAGCGAGGGUCCAAGGAGGAACAGUCACACAUUCAACUGCCGGAUGCUGGUCAAUCCCCACAGUGACAACCAGGAUGAAGCGCACGAGCAUGAGCCUCAGCAGCAGAAAUAUGAGACCAUGCAGUGUUUUGCCGUUUCAGAGCCUAAGUCCAUCAAGGAGGAAGGAGACGACUUUCAGUCGUGCCUGAUCUGUGUGGCUCGUAGGGUACCAAUGAAGGAAAGACCAAUGCUUUCCACGCAUGAAAGCUUCACCACGCGACAGGACUUGCAAGGUAAGAUAACGUCCCUGGAUACCAGUCUGCUCCGGGCGUCCAUGAAGCCGGGCUGGGAGGAUCUGGUGAGGCGCUGCAUUCAGAGGUUCCACCUACAGAAUGACGGAGAGAUGUCUUUUGCCAAGAGACAUCAGCAGGAAGUGCUCCGGCAUGGCCAGGCAUUCAGUCCCAUCUACCGUUUCUCCCUCUCUGAUGGAACCAUCGUUUCAGCCCACACCAAGAGUAAACUGGUCCGCUCGCCCGCCACCAAUGAACCCCAGCUCUACAUGUCCCUACACAUUCUUCAGAGGGAGCAGACAGUAUGUGGAAUGGGCCAGGACAUGGGUCCUGGCAGUCAGGCCACAGGAAUGGCUCCCAAACCGAUGAACUCCUCCACUCCCUCCAUGACUCCUCCAACCCCAGGCAGUUUGCCAGGUUCAGGGCCUCAGGGCCAAGACAUUACCAUCAGCAGCAACAGCACACCUUUUUCCUCUCCGGGCCCUGCUGGCCCUAGAGAACCAGCAGCCAUGGGGGGCCAUUUGCAGGGCUACCGUUUUGGCUGCCCCCCACCACACAACCAUACUGGGGGCAUGCAGCAGCCACAGCAGGGCCCCAACUGGAGAAUGAACAGUCCCUCUCGCGCCAGCCCCAGUCCAGCCGGUGGCCCUCAUCCACCUCAACAGAACUCUAUGCUGUCGCCCAGGCACAGAGGAAGUCCUGGGGUGGCAGGUAGCCCUCGUGUUGCAGGAGGCCUGCACUCACCCUCCCCAGUGGGGAUGUGUGGUGGAGGGCCUGGAGGUGCAGGUAGUAGUAACACGACAAGCACCCAUGCUAAUAGCUACACUAGCAGUUCUCUGUCAGCUCUGCAGGUCCUUAGUGAGUGUCACGGUGUAGGACACGGCCAUGGGCCCCCUCAUGCACACACAUUGGGUUCUCCUGACAACAAGAUAGGCUCCCCAACUGGGGUCCAACCAGGGUCAGGGGUGAACACUCAUCUGAUGUCAAAACUUGGAGGAAACAGCGGUACUGCUAGGGCUACAGGAGACUCAUUUGGACCUCAUACAGAGGUGGGUCAGGGGCACACCCAGUGCCAGACGGAGAGCAACCUAGCUGAGCCCAAGGAAGAGAGGGAAGGACACCCUGAUGGCCACGACGCUCACAAUCGUCUUCAUGACAACAAGGGCCAGACCAAGCUACUGCAACUGCUCACCACUAAGCCAGAACCUCUGGAGACGCCCCUGUCCCCUGGCGCAGGAGGUGAGGGUAAGGACCAGGCAGGGAUUGGGGUACGAGGUGGCCACACUGGUGGAAACACCCAUGCCACAUCCCUUAAGGACAAACACAAGAUCCUUCACCAACUACUUCAGAACAGUACGUCUCCAGUAGACCUGGCCAAACUCACUGCAGAGGCCACAGGCAAAGAGAUGGGCCAAGACCAAACCCAGGGUGCUGGUAGUACAGCUUCUGGUGCAGACAUUGCUCCUAAGCAGGAGCCCUUGAGCCCCAAAAAGAAGGACAAUGCCCUGCUACGCUACCUGCUGGAUAAGGAUGACACUGGACUGAAGGACAAGGUCCCUAAGCUGGAGCCUGGGGAGGUGAAGGUUGAAGGUGGCAAACACCCUAAUGUCAAGACAGAGAAACAAGACACAGGAUACGACCGGGCUGAACAGUCAUCAGAGCUGGAUGACAUCCUUAACGACCUACAGAAUGCUCAGCCGCAGCUCUUCUGUGAGCCACGGCCUGUUUCAUUGCCCAGUCCCAUGGACAAACAGAACAUCAUCAAUGACAUCCUGCAGAUGUCCGAGACUAAUCCUACCAUGGCAGCGCAGCAGCAACACAGGGGCAUCGGGACGGGCAUGGGCCCAACAAACUUUGCGAGUGUCCGACCAGGCCAACCAGGCAGGGGUCUGCCUGUCAGGAGCGUGUCUCUGGACAUGAAUGUGUCCCCCCAGCAGUCCUCAUUACAGUACCCCAUAAGGGCCACUAGCCCUUACACUCUUAUGCAGCAGCAACAGCAGCAAGGAAUGGUGGGAAGUCACGGCAUGAUGGCUAACCAAGUCGGUAUGGUGAACACAGGACUGAUGGCUCCUGGUGGUCCACGGCCAGGCAUGCAGCAGCAGCAGGAGGGCUGGGUGGGUUCAGCCUCUGCGCCUCCUUUGGGAGCACCUGGCCCUGGGCAGCAAGGUCAUAUGCAGGGCCGGAUGGGGCUGAAUGGUGUUCCCAUGAGGCCCAACAGCCAGCCAGGCCCCCGACAGAUGCUCCAUUCCCCAAUGAUGGCCAAUGCCCAACCUGAUAUGGAUAUUGGUAUGGUCAGCCACCAUUACUCCCAACAACAGGCUCCGCCCAACCAGACAGCCCCCUGGCCAGACAGCAUGAUGCCCAUCGACCAGACAGCUUUUGUUAACCAGACCAGGCCGGUGCACUCUGUGCCUCAGGAUGAAUUACUUUGUAGUACGGGGCACGGCUCUGGUGAUGGCAGUGCAGUAGAUGAGGGGGCUCUGAUGUCCCAGCUGUACACUGCAUUAAAAGAUUUUGAUGGCCUGGAGGAGAUUGAUCGUGCUCUGGGGAUCCCUGCUCUGGUAGAACAAAACCAAUCACUGGAGCCGGACCAGUUCUCCCAGGACCCCUCCAUGAUGAUAGACCAAAAGCCCCCCAUGUAUACACAGCAAUUUGGUCCCCCACAAUCCCACAUGACCCAACGGGGCUACUCUGGUGCCCCCAUGCAAGAACCAGGUUUUCACCCCAUGGCUGGCCAGAUAGGUCCACGCCCGGGUUACCCCAUGAUGAGGAUGCAGGCCCGGCCGGGUCUGAGGCCAGCUGGGGUCGUCCCAAACCAGCCCAACGCACUACGACUACAGCUCCAGCACCGGCUACAGUCACAGCAGAACCGUCAGCCAAUGAUGACUCAGAUGAGUAGUGUGUCAAAUGUGAACCUACCUCUUAGAGCCAGUGCUCCAAACCAGGGGACCAUCAAUGCUCAGAUGCUGGCACAGCGUCAGCGGGAGCUGCUGAGUAAUCACCUGAGACAGAGGCAGCAGCAGGCCCAGCAGGUCCAGCAGCAAAGGAGCAUGGCCAUGAGGGCCCAGGGCCUCAACCUGUCUCCCAACAUGGCUGCCGGAGGCAUGAGUAACCCGCGCAUCCCCCAGGCCAACCCACAGCAGUUCCCCUACCCGCCCAGCUACGGUACCAGUACAGGCCUGGCCUCGCCACCUCCCCCUACCAGCCCCUUCUCCUCCCCUCUUUCCCCGAGCCUGCCGUCUCUCCCCCCCAACCCUCAGCUCCAUAUGCAUGGCACCUCCUCCUCCUCCACCUCCUCCUCCUCCCAGAUGAUGAUGGGAAACACAAACAUGAUGGGCGGACAGUACGGGGCAGUACUCAGCCCCCAAAUGCAGCACAGUGCCUUUCAGUUUCCCAACUCAGGUAUGAGCCAACAGGCAGACGGAGGCUUUGGAGGUCCCGGCACACCACAGAGCCCCCUACUUUCUCCUCGCAUGGCCCACACCCAGUCCCCAAUGAUGCAGCAGGGCCAAGGAAAUCCUGGUUUCCAGGGCUCCCCUGACAUGAACGGCUGGCCACAGGGCAACAUGGGAGGCAACAGUAUGUUCUCACAGCAGCAAGCAUCACCACAGUUCACCCAGCAGAGUAACAGCAACAUGUACAACGGCAAUGGCAUGAACCUCAACAAUGUCUCCAUGGCCAGCAACAUGGCAACCAGCAGCAUGAACAACAUGGGCCAGAUGGCCGGACAGAUGAGUGUCACAUCCAUGGCCUCAGGGCCGUCACCCGGCUUGCCCUCCAUGGGGCAAGAACAGAAGUACUGUUGACCCUCAUGGAGGUCUUAACCUGAACCUCAGUGAUCAGCUGGAGCAAGGAGCGAGUCGGCCCUUUAAAAAUUGUACAAACAUGUAACCAACCGACUGCCCCUUGGGCCAGCCAGGCUGUGCCCUGACCCCGUAUCCCCAGCCCAAGUUUGCCGUCUGUCCCAGCAGGGCCUCCUCGGCAGACCCGGAGAAUUCUGGCCCUGAACAGACCCAGGAGAGUGAAGAAGGCUGGGGAAGGAUGGUGGAUCUCUGUCCAACAAGCCUAACCAUUCUGGAGGAGAGCCUCGCGAUAAGCCAGUCUGUCUACCUGUCCAGCUGCAUUCACCGUAGUGUGACUUACUGUAGGACUCCUGGUGGGGGGCACUGACCUUAGGGGGCAGCAGUGGGUGGGAUCCCUUGUUCUGAUGAAUGUAUUCCUCUCAGUGGACAGCGGCCAUUUACAAUCUCAUCUCAAAAAUGACGUACACUGAUUUUUUUUUUCUUUUUUUCUUUUUCUUCUUUAAUGUCCUACCUUGCUCACACAUUUGUGACAUUUCCACAUAGUUCCAAGAUGGCAGCAAAGACUCCAAGUUAUGUUUAAAUUUAUGAAUGGAGCUCAAACACUUAGCCGGUUUUGCCUUUUUGCUGUUCUUUAUUUUAUUAUUAUUUUAGUUGUUGUUUUUUCUUGUUGAGCGUGAGAAUUAAGAUGUAGAAUGAAGAUAUGGUUGAAGAAACUGAUCUUAAAAAACACUGCAGAAGAAUGGUUUGAGUGGAAUGAUGAGUUGUAAGAUUAGACUAAUUUAGUCAAGAGGUUUAUAUAGUGUAUUAAAUUAAGUUUUAUUUUUCUGUAUAGAUUAAUUUUAAUUAUUGUAGAUGAUACUUUAUCCUAGUAGCAACAUGAAAAAAAGAUUUCUAAAAGUGUGAAAGAGGCACUUUUUAUUAUUUUAACAGUAAUGGUUGUAUUCUUUCUGAGAAGAUUCUUCUAUUAACCUGAAUAAUGGAUUAUACUUUGGUCCUGCAGUUUCAGAAGAAGAUGUCAAAAUCAUAUAUGGUUUUAAAAUGAAUUACUGAGAUUGUACAUACCAAUAAGUAAAACAUUUUUGUUCCUAUUUAUUUUAUUCCUUAGGGUUUGGUUCCCCCAUCUGUUCACAACUGCCUCUUGAAGCAGAGCAGGGUGUUUCUUUUUUGUUUUAGGGAGGUGGAGUGGGAGUCUUUAUGUUUGGAUGUUCUGGUACGAUGCAGACGGGUGGGGGUGGGAGGGGUUGUAAGGGGGUGUGCUGUGUAUACAGUGUACAGAUUAACGCUUGCUUCUCUGCCUUUAGCAUAGAACACCACAAAAAAAGGAGAAAAAAAAACAGACAAAAUUCAACACAGCCAUACAAUAACUCAAAAAAAAUAACAGAAGUGUGCUUUCUAUGUUGUCUGGAGUGAAAAAUGCUUCAUACAAGCUGCUAGGUGCAAACUGUUCUGGUGUGAUGUAAACAAGCAAUAACGAUUACUUGAGAAUCUCUUGGUUGUUUUUUUUAGUUGGUAUUUUUUUUUUGUAAUUUUUGUACAGUUUCCUGAAUAAAAAGGAUACAUUUUUGCUCCACGUUUGGAUGCAGUAUUAAACACAGUUUUUUAUUGCAGUUUGUACCAAGAAAGUCUACAUCUACACACAGUGUUCCCAUUAGAUUAUGCAGCAUUGGCUGAGGCCUGGAGAGGGAAGUAGUUUGUGAACCCCUUGUUGACACGCACCCUCUCUGCCUCCAGCCACUCCUCUAUAGCAGAGGUCAGAGCUAAGACUGCACGCUUCAUGAGACCUGCUCUGACAGACACUUAGCCAUAUUUUAUGACCUCAGGCAGUUCAACUAUAAAGUGUUCGGUAAUGACAUGCUAUUCUUGUGCCCCAGUAGGGUUGGGUUUGACCUCACAAGAUCUAAAGCAACUCAUCUUCUCUAACCUCAAAAGUACAUAUUCCUCAAAAACAACACUUUUAUAUCAAACUAUUUUAACCCAGGACAAACUUGGAGCAAGCCAAAUAAUCCUCACUUUUAAAUUGGAUUUCUGAAUUCUACCAGCUUUUAUUUUCAUAGUGAGAGACAACCUGUUGGUUAGCAUGCGUUGAGGCCCACGGAAAAUAAGAAAACUAUGUCACUUAGCAGGGUCCUAAUGUGGAUGGUUGCAGCAUAUCACAGGAAGAAUCAUUCUGAAUGUAUUGUCAUUAAAGGCCUAAGUUGGUGACUGAUGGUGUUUAUCUCAACAUGUUGACAGGUGGUGGUGUACGCUUACACCAUGCUCUUCUCAACGUUUAGAUAGAAAGUUGCCCACUGUUGCUUCAUUUUGGCUUCUUGUGUAAAGGUAAUUUGAAGCUGUAGAGAGUCAACUUUGUGUCGGAAGUCUGCAUUAAUGUUUUGGUUGUCAUCUUUGCAGAUGUCCUGCAGUUGUCUUGCUGUAGGCCUACAUGAGAUCACACUUUUUUUGAUAAAUGCUGUUUUGAUUGUAUCAUACAGUCGCGCAAACAAGCCUUUUUGAGUCAUUUAAAAGAAUGAUUCACAGCCCUUUGCAAAUUUCCAAAGAUUGUCAAGAUUUUGAAAAGAUUUAAAGCCAUGUGGUAGCAAUGCAUUUUUUAGCAUUUAUAAUGAGGACAGGUGCAAAUAAAUGAUUUUGCCCCUAACAAAUAUUCAGGCUUUUGACCCACUAAACGAAAAAUGUUUUUUCUCUUAAACUCAUGGUUUUAAAGAACUUGCCCUUUUGUAUUGUCUGCCAAUUUCUUAGAGCUAAGAUGCAACCUUGAAAUGCUACAAACCCUAGCAUAAUGCCUUAGAUUUCGUCCGUGUUCUUGUACAUUACACCGCUGUCUGUAUAAAUUUGUAUAAUGACUUGUGUAUAAUAUUGGUGCAUCAUAGCUCAACUCAGUUGCUGGAGACUCAGUCCCAGUUGAACUCAUCAUUGCUCUCUGUUCUGUGUUGGGUUGAAGACUCUUGUUAUCCCCCCCCCCCCCCCCCCCCCCCCUUCACUGUUUGUAUGGAAAAGAUGAUACAUAGGGAUAUUGAAGCAAUAUGUAAUAUACUAUAUGGACUUUCUGAAGAAAGCUUACUGUUGUGUUUUCCCAAGAUAUUUUUUUUUCUUCUGCAUUGUUCACAGGAAUCACACUGUAUACCUGCAUCCACCUUUGUACCCCUAGUGUGUGUGAGCGUUUUAUGCAAAAUUAGAUAAAGAGAAGUUAAAACCACAGUUAUGCAAGUUGUGAACUAAUAUGGCUUCGCUGAUGCUAUUUGCCUUGUAAAUAAAGAAUUAUGUUAUUGCAGUAUUUAA